AUGGCAAUAGCUUCUCGAUGGAGAGAACUUAGCGGAGAAAAUUACUGGGAGGGUCUGUUGCGCCCUCUGGAUAUCGAUCUCCGCCGCUAUCUCAUUCACUAUUGUCAAAGGGCCGGAGCCGCCGGUGAUGCUUUCAAUGGGACUAGGGCAUCCAAGGCUGCCGAUGAAGUUGCCUAUUUCGGAUAUGUCGCGGUGGCCACCGACCAAGGAAAAGCUGCUCUGGGAAGGAGGGAUAUUCUCGUUUCGUGGAGGGGAACCAUAACACACACCGAGUGCAUGCCGGUUUUCAACAUCUAUACAAAGUCAAUUGCAAAUUCGCCUUAUGCCAAAACCAGCGCCAGGGAACAGGUUUGUAAAGUGUUGCAGCAGCUGAUAACUAUGUAUCAGAAUGAGGAGGUGAGCAUAACUGUGACAGGCCAUAGUCUGGGCGCUGCACUUGCAUCCCUAAACGCUAUGGACAUUGCUCACAAUGGGUUCAAUAAGCCUGCAGGCAAUCCGAAUAAGGCCUUCAUGAGUAAUUUAUUGAGUUUAGUUGGAGAACAUGGUCUGGAGGGUCAUCGAAAGCUAAAACCUGCAAUGGAAACUCCCUGGUCAAAGAAGUCAAGGCAUACGACGAACAUGGUUUAUACAAACCAGCCAAUCUCCAUUCAUGAGUCACUGCAACGAGCAUGUUAUUAUGAGAAUCCAAAUCAGAUUUUGAGAUUAGUGGAGAAGCAAAGUUGA